CAAUACUCUUUGUACUUGUGUAUCACUUGUUCACCCCGGCGUCCAAGAUCUUUUACCACCGGGGCGGCAUCGUCAUAGCGGCAAUCAUACCCCACAGCUACGGCGAACCACUUUCAACCAAAUCCGGGCUCGUCACUUUCUUUUUAAUUUUUGUAAAAGUUACUAGCAACAGCAAACAUUUCACCAAACUUCACCAGCAUCAACCUGCCGAGCCUACCAUGUGGCCGUCAAACCCUAAUAUCAAAGUCAUGCCCCAGGGUGCGGCGCCUUCGUCCCCACCAUUGUCCCCGGGCUCGAGCCGGAAGGGCAGUCCUUGGCACGGGCCAAUGCCGCCACAGUUUUCCCCUCCACCAAUGCCGUCCAUCGCCGUACUCCGGCCAGACGGCCUCUACGGCCCAAGCUUUAGUUUCGCCCGAGCAAUAGACCCCGAUCAGCUUUCACCACAGUCUCGCACCACCUCGUCGGCAACUUCCUCUGAUUCAGACGACGAUCCGGGUCCAGAUAGUCUUCCGCGAUCCAUGCAGUCGUCGCCGUCGCCGUCACAAUCGACGUUCCCACCAUCAGCUCGCCCGGGACGCAUUGUGACAAAUCCCAACCUCAUUAUUGAGGAGAUGAGCGACGGCAGCGAUAAUGAUCAUGACAACGCCGAGGUUCCUGUAAUCUAUCCGGAUGCCAUUGAGUAUGCCGAAUCGGAACGAAGUCGGUCUCGGUCCCGACGUCAUCGAGAGGUUGACGAAAGCGUCAUGUACAACCUCGGACAGCUGAACUGCAGUGACGAUUCAGACUCGGCCGACAUGGAAGAGGCCGAACACCGCGAGAUCCUGAGGCGGCAGCGAGAGGAGCGGAGACGCAAGCGGAUGACCUCGGGCAGCAUUGGCAAGCGAACCUUCAGCGAGAGCAUCGGAAGCGACUCAGACCGCGAUGACCCUCGAGAAUGCAAACGGUUCUUCAGUGCGGAGGAUUUUGGGUCUUCCUGCGCACGCCGUAUCUACCGGAGAGUCGGUGACCGCCGCCGCAGCAGCGUGCAAGUCUCGGAUCCGCUGCCGCCGCCGAGGAUCGACGAGAUCGAGGAGCCAGAAUCAAGCAAUGAGGAGAUCCUCUGUGAUCAAUCGAUGCGAUCUAGGGAAGCCCCCCACUACGAAUGUGUUAUGGAGAUCGAUUCGCCUUGAUCAAUGGGAUAACGACAGAAUUCUCAUUUGUGGGCUUGAAAAGACAGCGGCUCUCAGUCACAGCACAUCACGACAUGCAUCAACUGAAGACCGCUUUGAUGACUAGAUGACAACAACGAACUAAUGAACAUGGUAUAGAGAGAAGC